CGCGUCACAGAUUUGGAAGCCAGAUUAUCCAAGAAUCGCAGAGACUUGAGAAGUAUCGUAAGCGCUCGGGAAGAUUUGGUUCUUGCCCUCUAUGAAGGCUUGAGUAUCGAAUCACCCGACCUGAAAGGAAAUUAUGACAGCCGCGAAGCACUAUGUGCAGCCAAUACUCGCUAUAUCAAUCUCUUAAACGAUCUUAUUGGGUAUUGGAAGGAAACGCGCGAGGCACUCGAAGCCCGGGACUCAGACAUCGAGCACUUGAACAAGCACCUUCGUUCAGCUCUCGAAACGGUAUCGGAAAACAAAAGGCAAAUUGACGAGUUGCAAGAGAAGUAUGACAAAGUUAAAAUUUCGUUCGCAAAGUUUAUUGAUACAGCAACCGAGGAUAACAAGGCAAUGAAGCAGCUUUUUAUUGAGUUGCGGAACCUAUCGAAGGCAUCCGAUAGAGGGGAAGGGGAGGAGACAGCUUCCCAGGAAGCUGAAUAA